AGGUUUUUCACUAUUCACAAACAGUUCAAAACUUUGUUCCGAAUGGGGCGGCUUUGGCUGCUCGCUGUAAUCCUCUGCUGGAUCAUGGCCCAAACAGAGAACAAAAAACAUUUUGGCUUGUAUGAUGGCUGUGUGAAAAAGAAUCUGUACAUGCACGAGAGUGUCUGCCCGGGUCCAUAUCGCUUCUACUUUACCUUCCAUCGCGUACUCUUCGACUGCAUUAGGGUGCGCACAAAGUGUCCACGUAUCCACAAAUACAACGAGUACGAUACCCUCAAGGAGUGUCAAAGCGAUUGCGCCGAGCUUAUGGUUGUGCCAGAGGAAACCAAAGAUAAUGGCAAUGAAACAACUACAUAGGGAGAAGGAGGAAAAUCAAAAUGACAGCACCACCACAUUGGCACCAACACGACGGUGAUUUUGAUGCA